AUGUCUGCUCUUGUUGGGUCGGUCACGCCUCUCACAGGUGGUGUUGUGGAGUACCUCGACAAAGAGGGCGCUGAUCGAUUGAGAGCUAGGGGGGGUCCGACGGUUGGCUUGGCAGGAGGGCUCGAGAGCGUGAGGAGCCUAUUCACAUCGCCAGAGAAGCAAAGUGUGGCGAGUCAGGACGGGGCGAUGGAAAAAUUGACGACCACCCAGAAAUUGGUGACGACGCAGAGGCAGCCCAUGAUGAAGGACGUCAACAUCAAUGUCACGAUCUCGAUCCCGACCGGGGUGCAUAUGAGCGCGGCUGAGGAAUCAGAGCAGAGCACCGUCAUCAGAGAGUCCGUUGUGAAGAGCUUCCAGGCAGCUGCGGCGCCCGUUCACACGAUAAGCGCAGCGCAGACGGCCCCACCGGCACCUGCCAAAAGCAAUCCAAGCCCUACUCCUGUGAAGAAACCUGAUGCGGUGAAGCCGGCAGAACCAGUCCGGCCAAAGCCAGCUGGUGUUGUCCCACCAAUUAGGAAGGGGUCCAAGGUGCCGCUGCCGCAAGUGGGGAUUGGGUUGGUUGCAUUGGCGGGGCUGUAUGCGCUGCACAAGGGGCUGUCUGGAAGGAGGCGGGAAACGCCACGGCGAAUCAAUGAUGAAGCUAACCAGGCAAGCGGUGAAGAGGGAUCUGCCAUAGGAAGCGGAGAAGAGGCCAGAACGAACAGCGAGGAACAGCGAACAAAAGAUCAGAAGCUGGCAGAGCGAGCAGGGCUGGGAGCUGGCGAGAAGGGAACUGUCAGUGAGGGCGAAAGCAAAGAAGUGUUUGCCCAAGAGGGGGAGAUGGUCCAGAGUCUGGCUGUUGUGCUGGAAGGACCGGCGCCCAGCCCCACCGCAGGUACAAGUCCUGUGAAGGCCAUGGGUCUGCCUUCGGCUGAAGUGGCAGUCAGCACUCAGCUGCUUGGCAGCCAUCAGCAUUGGAUGAAGGAAUUGAGGCCGGAGGCCAAUGCCACGUUGGUCAACAAUGGAACUGAGGGGUCUCAGGAGAGCCACUCUGAGUUUGUUUCUACAAACCGAGCCAGCGAGCUUGUUGGGACAGGAGAAGGGGGCAGCUUUGUCAUGCAUGCUGAGGUAGCGGAGGAGAGGAGAGAGAGCACUUUGGCUCAGGCAGAGACGGAAGUAGUGAAACGGGUAGACAGCGUUGUCGCAGUCGCAGGGGAAGACUGCGUGCCUGGGAACAGCGAUAUUAAAGUGGUCAAGCAGGAGGUGGAAGCAGCGGGGGAGACAGGGUCGGAAGCAAAGCAGCUGGGAAAGAAGCCACGUGUCAAGAAGCUGAGGAAGCGGCUACGGAGCGUGACAAAGAAGACGGCACAAGAAAGUGAGGCGGAGCCAAGUGCAGACGCGUACCUGGACGGGCCAGUCAAAGCUCUGGAGCUGGCGGGCGAGCAAACGGAGAUUACAGUGGCAGUGCCUGUUGUGGUGAUUGCCAAUGAGGCUGCUGGGGUGGAGAAUGGCGCUUCUGAGGGGUUGGAAGAGUCGAAGCUAGAAAAAGAAGCAGCCGCCAAGGAAGCAAUCAUCUGCGAAGGAAUGGCAGAGGGCGCGAUUGCGGCUGAACCAGCAUUUUUGGCGGUGUAUGGGCCAGGCAAAGCAGGAGUCGAAGUGGAGGCAGCGCUCGUUGAGCAGAACGGAACGGCUCCCGAAAGCGCUUUAGAGGAGGCAGAUGUGGGGUUCCAAGAUGCGGAGAGCUUUUUGGACGAGGGAACAGAGUCCCUUUCCGAAACCGCAGACUCGCUCAUCCAGGUGGUGGACGGGAAGAAAGGGGAGGCCUUGCAGGGGCGGACCUCAGUGGUUUCUGUGCUCGAGAAUGAGGACGAGAUGGAGGGAGACGAGGCCUCAGAUUGGCGGAUGCGGCAAAUUGAGGAAAAAGAGAAGCUCGAAGUGGGCGAUGCGCAGAGGUGGGGCAUCGGGUGGGACUUGGCGGAGGCGCCGGGGCAGUGGAAGACAGACGAGGCGCCGGAGGGGUGGUCGGCUGGUGAUGAUGAUUUUGCGGGGCAGCCAGAAAGACCGGAGGUAGAAGAAACGUGGUCGAUGGCAAGCAAGGCUGUGGAAGACGGAGACGAAGAGAUUUGGAGCUCAACCGUGACGUCACUGCAGGAGGACGGUGACAUCAGCGAGGAGAAGGCCCCGCAGGAAGGAGAAUCCGUGGAGGAGAGCAUUCACACCUCGCCGCAAGAGGCCGUCCUAGAACUGGACACAGCAGUGAUGAGUGUGGGCGUAGGGGCAAUGAGAGGCGCAGGGGCAGAGACUGAGAUUGGGGCCCAAGUCGCAGAAGAUUGGUCGGAUGCGGCGACGUGGCACCUUGCCGUUGAGCCAGAGAGGCUGUCCCUGGAGAAGGACGAAGUCGCCCUUCAGACUGAUGCCGAGUUGCUGGAGGCCGACGCUGCCCUAAGCGAGCUCGACUGUGCCGGCCUAGAGAGGGCAGACAAUCCGCUGCUGAUGACGGAAGGCGCGGCUUUGGAGCUGGCGCUGGAGACCGUUCCUAUUGCAACGGAGUUCUGCGAGUCCCUUGAACUUAGCUUUAAGAAGAUCGAGGAGACUGCCGUCGCGAACGAGCUCGUGGGCUCCUCAGUGGUCGAAGUUGAGCCCGUCAGACAAGAGCCGGUGGCUAUAGUAGCGUCUGAGCCUUACGUGGCAACCGCAGAGAAGGAAACCGUGGCAGAACGUGACGGUUCGGCCGGGCGAGUCCCCUUCUCGGAGGACUUGAGCAACUUCCUGGAAGAGGAGAUGGUGGGAGAACUAGGGGAGGGGGCCACCCCUGAGAACCGGGCAGUGCUCGGGGUGAAAAGCGAGGAGCCAAGCGAAGACUGGACGGAUGGUGUGCUGGUGCCCGGGGGAGAGGACCGGGGGAUCGACUAUGUGGAAGGGGGGUCGCUUUUGAACGGCGUGGAGCUUUUGGCCGGAGGUACGACCGGGUCUAAUGGGGUCAAGGGCGGGGCUGAUGCCUGUGAGCUGAUUGAAGAGGAACUUGUGGGCCAGGCAGCAUCUGGUGCCCUCGUUGAGAAAGAAGAGGAUUUUAUCCUCUCUGCCCUCAACUGCAAGGCCGACUUACCGUUCGACGACCCAGUGAAGGUGCGUACUCUUGCGGUCCGGGGAGAAUGGCCCCUGGUGGCCGCGGGAGAAGCGAGCGGAACCCAGGUCGCCGAAGACCGGCGCCAGGUCGCUCUCCUUCCCCCGGCGGUUGAGAGAAAACCGGCGGAUUCGCCCCGUGUGCUCGCAGAAGAGCCGGCAGCACCGCAGGUCAUUGAGCUGGGAAAGGCGGAUGAUCAUGCUCCGAGUUCCAAAGAGGAUGCCCGGUUCUUCGUCGAGGAACCGGAAGAGUUCGCCCUGGUCUUGGCCGCGGGUGCAAAAUCCCCUCGGGUGGCGGGCGGCGCGGAACCGGAAGAGGUUCGGGUGGUCGAGGUCGAGGUGCCGGAGGUCGAUAAGCACGUCAUCUCCGAGUCACUGAAGAAGCGAGAGGUGUGGGCGAGUCUGCCAGCGCCGGAAGAUGACGUCAGCAGCGUGGGAACCAAGCUCGGCGCGGCAGGUGCGGAAGUUCCUGACGACACCGAGAAGAUCUGCGUCGGCGGAUCGAGCGAAGGGCUGAAAGAUGGGCCAGACGGCGCAGGACUACAUAAAGGAGUGGGGAAGAGGGAUGGAAAGAAGUCUCAGGACAAGCUAAAAGAGGGCAAGAGCGGAGAAGAUAAGCGAGUCGCAUCGGGAAAGGGCGGGCGCGUAGGCCUGGAUUGGCAGCUGAACGGUCUGGUGCUGCCCGCAAACGCCGUCGAGGUCCUCUUGGCGGGAGGGAAAACCGUCCAAAGCGCGGAGGUCGACUCUACUGGGCGAUCGGAGAAGCCGGGGCUCGCACUCAAGGUGUCUAAAAACCCGCUGUACGACGCCGACGUGUGCCCCUCACCCGGGGCCAAUGCCCCGGGGCUGUCCUUGGUGCUGGCGGAGAGUCCCCGGCUGACGGCCCCAACCACGGUCUCCUUCGUGGCGCGCAACGCGGCCGCGCCUGUCGAAACGCGCGCGCACAAAAUGGCCGAAGCGGAGACCGGGAAGGUCCAGACGAGCGGCACUGGGGUGGAGAAAGGCAAAGCGAAGCGCCGUUCGGGCGCUAAAAGGAAGGAGGUGAAGUUCUUGGAGAUGACGAAAGUGGAAAGCGAGGUUUUGAACGAGGUUGGGGGCCGAGCCCUCCACGUGGACGUUUGGGGUUGGUGGGACAGCCUGGCGUGCGAGAGGACAGCGGCCGUGAUUGUGAUUUUGUGGGUGAUUGCGCUGAUCGUGGCCGUGCUGGCGUAUCUGGAGCGGGAACGGAGCGGGGCAGCAGGGAAGCCCGUGCCGACGUGA